GCGUGCUCGCUGUUUGCAGCAGUGGCCAGCCCCUCUCUCUGCGAAAUAAUGCCUUUUGUGUUCCCGCAUGCAGUCAAGUAAUAGUCUUAACCGUCAUGAUCUAUCGUCGAUACAGUAGGUUGACCUAGCUCAUACGAUCCUCAUCAUCAAACGGUGGGUACUCCGCUCUGGCGUCAUGCAUGCACUGCCACAGCCGGGGAAGCAACGCUAUAUCAAGGUAUAAGCAGGAUGAGGCCUAUUUGUUAGACCCCCGACCAACCCACCUCCCCUCAACGAGAAUAUCAUCGUGAUGGCCGAUGAUGAUGAACAGCAACAACCUGGUCAGCUGAAGCCCACCUCGGGAUUGGGCUCUCUUCCAACGUUAGUACCGGGACUACAGGGCCCCGAGGCCAAUGCGUUGCAGUACAAAAUAAAGAAUUCAAUUUGCAAAUCUGUACAAUCAAAAGUGGACAACAUAUUGCAAGAUGUUGAGAAGUUUACAGACAUCGAAAAACUCUACCUCUAUCUCAAGUUGCCUUCUGGUCCCAACAAUGGCAAUGAUAAAAGGACUGAGAAUCAGAGAGCCUCCACUCCUGGACUAUGUGACCAGAGCGGCAUGUCGUCCAGCCGAACACAGCAGAUGUACGCUUUCAACUGGAUCCGGAAUCACCUAGAGGAGCACCCCGAGACGUCCCUGCCAAAGCAAGAGGUGUACGACGAGUACAAGAGUUACUGUGACAGUCUUGCUUAUCACCCACUGAGUGCUGCAGACUUCGGAAAGAUCAUGAAGAAUGUCUUUCCCAACAUGAAGGCUCGCCGCCUGGGCAUGAGAGGCAAAUCUAAAUACUGUUACAGUGGACUGAGGAAGAAAGCUUUUGUUCACAUGCCUUCUCUGCCCAACCUGGACUUACAAAAGUCAGGCGACGGGUGUGAGUUAAUGGAGCCGUCGUCGGGCCAGUCUCCCAGUGCAGAGGAUGAGAUGCGCUCAGCGGCCUGUGGCUUGGUGUGUGAGUGGGCUCAGAAGGUCCUCAGCAGACAGUUUGAUGCCGUGGAGGACCUGGCUCGCUUCCUGCUCAACAGUCACUACAUAGGAACCAAGUCCAUGGCUGCCCUCACCGUCAUGACUGGGGCUCCCACAGGUCUGAAGACGCCCACGCCAACCUCUGCGUUCGUGGCCACGUCCGAGGCCUCGUCCUUCCAGCCGCAGGUGAAGACGCUGGCCUCUCCCUCGGUGGACGCCAAGCAGCAGCUCCAGAGGAAGAUCCAGAAGAAGCAGCAGGAUCAGAAGCUCCAGUCCCCCCUGCCUGGAGAGGCCCAGGGACAGAACCAGGCCAGGAGGGCCGAGGCCAGCACCCCAGGGCCAGCUAUCCCCUGUGGAAGUCCUGCUCUGCUCUCACCACAACCUACCAUUGGUAUAGUGGUGGCAGCUGUCUCCAGCCCCAUCACGGUCCAGAGGAGCAGACAGCUGAUGGCCUCCCCGAGCCCGGUGGGAUCCACCGAGGGGAAGGUCCUGCCAACGGUCAACUUCCAGGUGGUCACCCACACCCAGUCGCUGACCCAUAGGCAGUCCCCAAAGACGCCCCAAAACAUCUCAGCCAGCCCCGUGGGCGACCGCCUGGCCAGGCACAGGUACCCCCAGAUCCUCCCCAAGCCCUCAGCCACAGGGGCCAUCACCCUGCGUUCGCCCCCCACCCUGCUCAUCACCAACAGCCCCAUCAAGACCCACCACGUUGUCAAGAUGACCACCAUCUCCCUGGCCCCUAGCAACACUAUCAGUACCAGCAGUAACAGUAUGGUCCUCAGGCCAGCUUCAGCCUCGGCCGGGGUGGGAACCACCACCACCACCACCUUUACCACCAUCGCUGCCCUAGAGGCGGUUCAGCAACAGGGACAGAGCCAGGGAGGCCCCCCAGCCCCAGCCACACCCCAGUCCCCUGCAGUAUGGCCUGGUGCCCCAGCCUCCACCCCUACUCCCACAGUGGCCCCCGAAGUCAUCAUCACUGACAAUAACCUGGGCUCUAACUGUGAUAAACAGAGCCCCAUACAGCAGCCCCCCGGUGGGGCCAAGGGUCCAGAGAGGGCCACCAAGUACCGGGCGGCCAGUGAACCCUCGCUCCUGGUCAAAUGCUCUCCAGGACCUGACAGAGUGACCACCAGUGCAGCGAUCAAGGGGGCGGGGUCUCAGCAGGACAGCAAUAACAGCAGCAUCGCCACCACCUGUCACCAAGAAAGUACUUUGUAUCUGACUGUUGCUCCCUCGGCCAAUCAGAACGCUCCUAGUGUCAGCGGAAUGUCCUCCUCGUCGGCUGUUACCUUAUUGUCGCCUAAUGACUCCUCGUCCUGCCCGUCAGGGGUCAAGAGCCCCAGGAAGCGAACCGGCCCCGGGCUGGAUUCCUCCCACGUCAUCCCUGUGAAGCGCGUCUUCAUCUCCCAGCAGCCUUUGAGUGUGACCUUUGACCCCAAACCAUGGGUCAGCGCUGCCGUCAAGAGGGUCCCAGCUAGACCUGGCACCCCUGCCAGACCUGAGAGCGCCCCCUGUCGAGUGACGGUGAAACAACACCUAGUGCCCACGCAGAUCCUGGCGCUGUCCGACUCGCCCGUCACAAACACAGAGAUCUCCUCCCUUUCCUCCUCUCAGACUGUUGUCAGUGUGAAGCCCCAGGUCUCCUCGUUGCUGGUAGUGAAACGCGAAGAUCCGUCCUCUCUAGGACUAACACUAAGCACUGUCAGCAGUCACACCAGCAGCACUGCAGCCCCUGGUAGCACCACCACCACCACCACAGUGUCUGAGCAGCAGCAGCAGCACUCUGAGACCUCUGUCUCUGUGAUGGCAGUAGGCGCACAGCAACACUCUGAGGCCUCUGUCUCUGUGAUGGGGGACAUGAAGAGCACAAUGUGGGAGGAGUCAGCUGCAGGGCAUCUGGAGGAGCUGCAGAAACAGGCCUUCAGUCAGAAUAUACCAGCAGACCGCAACAAGCAGCAGGCCCUGGGCUCCACCAUGGACCAACACCAACUCCCCAACAUCAUGUCCAAGACCUCAGACUCCUCUGCCCAGUUAACAGGCCUUCACCAGGAGAUGGUGGACUUUGCCUCCUCAGCCUCCCAGCACGGUUCCACCAUGGACUACUUCUCCUUUAACGAUGAUGAUAUGACCCAGGACAGCAUAGUAGAGGAACUGGUUCAGAUGGAAGAACAGAUGAAACUGAAGGGCCUGCAGCCACUGUUCAGUAGCUGUGUGGAUAAUAUCUCUCUCCAGGGCCAGCCUGGGGGCCCCCAGGGGCCCAUCAUCAACACCCACCACCAGGGGGGUAACUCCUCUUUCUACCAGUCUGCUCAUAGCAGCAUUACCCCCGUCCAGACCCCCACCCCGACCCCCACCCCGACUCCAACCCCCACGGAGAUGACUCUCGGUGGGCACGGGCUGACCAGAGGGAGCCCCUGCUGCCAUCACAGCAUGGCCCCUAUCACGCCCGUGGAGGGGCCUCUAGGAGGCCGACACACCCCUAUAAGCGCUCUGUCCAACUGUUCUAGUAGCAUACCGCCUAGCCCUGUGGAGUGCAGGAACCCGUUUGCCUUCACCCCCAUCAACUCCAGCAUGGCAGGGGGUUACCACGAUGCCUCCGUGGUGUCUGUCUCCUCCAGCCCCGUCAAGCCCAUGCAGAGGCCCAUGGCCACUCACCCAGACAAGGCUAAACUGGAGUGGAUCAACAACCGCUACAACAGUAGUGGAACUGGAGCAACUGGAGGAGUCGGAGCAGGGCCAGGGUCUGGGUUAUCCAUCUCUAACCACAGCCUUGGUGGACUCCUGCCCAGCUACCAGGAUCUAGUGGACGACCACUUCCGUAAGCCGCACGCCUUCGCUGUUCCGGGCCACAGUGGCCAGUCUUUCCAGGCCCAGUCCAGACAGCAGGACGGCGGACACUUCGCUCCCAUCUCCCCGGUGCAACAGCAGAUGACCAACGUGUUGACCACGCCCACCAACACGCCAACCAAACAGGAUGAGAGCUUUGCUGUGCCCGCCCCUUUGGACAACAAGGGCGGAGCCUCAUCGUCAGGGGGUGGGACGUUCCGUUGCCGUAGCGUGAGCCCCGCCGUGCGCCAGAGGACCUUCAGCGGUACCGGCACAACCCCCGGCACUAGCACAACCACUCGAUUGGUCGUCUCCCCUUUCAGCUCCCCCAUGACCUCCUCCGAGAUACUCAGCUUCCUGUCCAACAGCCAAUCGGUGGGUAGUAACCUCCACAGCAUGGCCCAGCGCAGCCAAUCGGUGCCCUUAAACAUCAUGAUGCAGAGCGUUGUGGAGAUGGAGCUGCUUCCUGUAGAGAUGCAGGUCAUCCAGGGACAGAACCAGAGUAAUGCCACUAAGAUCACCAACGUCCUCCUGAGUAAGAUGGACUCUGGCGUGGAUGACACAGUCAGGGGCCUGGGCAUCAACAACUUUCACUCCAACUACACCGCCCGCAUGAACCUCACCCAGAUGCUGGAGACCCAGUCUCAGAGCCAGGCCACCCAAGGGAGCUUCACAACCGGAGGGGGAGGAGGUAACACCCGCCAGUCCCACCCUCAGCUGCAGACCAUCAGCUCCAGCCCUGCCUCCUUCGAGCUCCAGCGGCAUGGGAGCUACCUCACCAGCGCUGGAGGAGGCGGGGGGGGGAUGAGCUUCUCCUCUGGAGACAACCAAGCACAAUCAGGUCCUGGCGAGGACGUGGACCUGGAGCUCCAGCAGAUCCAGGACCUCCAAGAGCUUCAGGAAGACUCGGGACAGCUCCAGGCCCAGACCCAGCUCCAAUCCCAGGCUAGGCUGCUCCAGAGUCCCCAUCCCCAGCUCCAGGCCGGGCUCCAGCUUCUCCGGCCCCAGUCCCAGGUACUCCUCCAGCCCACCAUCACCCAGCAGCAGGAGGAUGAGGCUCAGCAACAGCUGGACUUCAACAACACUGUUAAAGACCUGUUAGGUGACGACGGCCUCAACGUCGACGCUGAAGGCCUCAACCCCAGCUCUCAACUGGUCGGUCAGGUGGCGUCAGAGCUUAACGCCGCCGUGGCGUCCGACUUCACCAACGACAUCAGGUUGACCGCCGACCUCUCCAAUAGCAUCACUGACCUGAACACGCUGGACGCCAACCUCCUGUUCAAUCCGUCCAGUCAGCAGCAAGAACAGUACGAAGACGCCACACUGGAAGAGCUGAAGAACGACCCUCUGUUUCAGCAGAUAUGUAGUGAUACUGUGAACGCCUCUUUCGACUGGCUGGAGAGCAAAGACCAGCCUGCUACUGUAGAGAUGUUGGGCUAAUGUUGUUAUUGGAUGCAUCCAGAAUGGAUGCCUAUUCCCUAUAUAGUGCACUACUUUUGAUCAGGGUCCAUAGGGUCGACCUAUAGAGGGCCCGGUCAAAAGAAAUGCACUAUAUAGGGAAUAGGGUGCCAAUUCAGAUGCAAAUGAUCUUUUUAAAUAAGUAUUUAUGAUUUCUGUUUUUGUUUGUUGUCUUUUGUUUUGAACUGUGAGUAAUGUGUAUGUAUCUUGUUUUUUUAUUACUGUUUGUCAGGAAAAAAACUUCUGGACUCUUGGCCAUUUGUCCAGUGAAAGGUGCCAGCCUAAACACUCCCACUGACACGCUGCUUUAUAGCACUGUUAGCCUAACCUGUCCUACUGACACACUGCUUUAUAGCACUGUUAGCCUAACCUGUCCUACUGACACGCUGCUUUAUAGCACUGUUAGCCUAACCUGUCCUACUGACACGCUGCUUUAUAGCACUGUUAGCCUAACCUGUCCUACUGACACGCUGCUUUAUAGCACUGUUAGCCUAACCUGUCCUACUGACACGCUGCUUUAUAGCACUGUUAGCCUGUCCUACUGACACACUGCUUUAUAGCACUGUUAGCCUAACCUGUCCUACUGACACACUGCUUUAUAGCACUGUUAGCCUAACCUGUCCUACUGACACGCUGCUUUAUAGCACUGUUAGCCUAACCUGUCCUACUGACACACUGCUUUAUAGCACUGUUAGCCUAACCUGUCCUACUGACACGCUGCUUUAUAGCACUGUUAGCCUAACCUGUCCUACUGACACGCUGCUUUAUAGCACUGUUAGCCUGUCCUACUGACACGCUGCUUUAUAGCACUGUUAGCCUAACCUGUCCUACUGACACGCUGCUUUAUAGCACUGUUAGCCUAACCUGUCCUACUGACACGCUGCUUUAUAGCACUGUUAGCCUAACCUGUCCUACUGACACGCUGCUUUAUAGCACUGUUAGCCUGUCCUACUGACACGCUGCUUUAUAGCACUGUUAGCCUAACCUGUCCUACUGACACGCUGCUUUAUAGCACUGUUAGCCUAACCUGUCCUACUGACACGCUGCUUUAUAGCACUGUUAGCCUGUCCUACUGACACGCUGCUUUAUAGCACUGUUAGCCUAACCUGUCCUACUGACACGCUGCUUUAUAGCACUGUUAGCCUAACCUGUCCUACUGACACGCUGCUUUAUAGCACUGUUAGCCUGUCCUACUGACACACUGCUUUAUAGCACUGUUAGCCUAACCUGUCCUACUGACACACUGCUUUAUAGCACUGUUAGCCUAACCUGUCCUACUGACACGCUGCUUUAUAGCACUGUUAGCCUAACCUGUCCUACUGACACGCUGCUUUAUAGCACUGUUAGCCUGUCCUACUGACACGCUGCUUUAUAGCACUGUUAGCCUAACCUGUCCUACUGAUACGCUGCUUUAUAGCACUGUUAGCCUGUCCUACUGACACGCUGCUUUAUAGCACUGUUAGCCUAACCUGUCCUACUGACACGCUGCUUUAUAGCACUGUUAGCCUAACCUGUCCUACUGACAAGCUGCUUUAUAGCACUGUUAGCCUAACCUGUCCUACUGACAAGCUGCUUUAUAGCACUGUUAGCCUAACCUGUCCUACUGACACGCUGCUUUAUAGCACUGUUAGCCUAACCUGUCCUACUGACACGCUGCUUUAUAGCACUGUUAGCUAACCUGUCCUACUGACACACUGCUUUAUAGCACUGUUAGCUAACCUGUCCUACUGACACGCUGCUUUAUAGCACUGUUAGCCUAACCUGUCCUACUGACACGCUGCUUUAUAGCACUGUUAGCCUAACCUGUCCUACUGACAAGCUGCUUUAUAGCACUGUUAGCCUAACCUGUCCUACUGACAAGCUGCUUUAUAGCACUGUUAGCCUAACCUGUCCUACUGACACGCUGCUUUAUAGCACUGUUAGCCUAACCUGUCCUACUGACACGCUGCUUUAUAGCACUGUUAGCCUAACCUGUCCUACUGACAAGCUGCUUUAUAGCACUGUUAGCCUAACCUGUCCUACUGACAAGCUGCUUUAUAGCACUGUUAGCCUAACCUGUCCUACUGACACGCUGCUUUAUAGCACUGUUAGCCUAACCUGUCCUACUGACACGCUGCUUUAUAGCACUGUUAGCUAACCUGUCCUACUGACACACUGCUUUAUAGCACUGUUAGCUAACCUGUCCUACUGACACGCUGCUUUAUAGCACUGUUAUUGUUGUUAUCUGAAUCACAGUACCACUUCAUUUCACCUUCCAAUGAAAUCAAAAAUGAGUGCAUUUCAAGUAUUAGAAGGGAUUUUAAAGUAUGCCGUGAGACAUGGGCUUAUUCCCUACAUAGUGCACUGCUUUUGACCAGGGCCCGCUGAGGCAUUUCGGUGGCAGACUUGUUGUAAGGGAUAGAUUUCCCAAGGUAUGAUGAACACCACAAAGUUAAACCAUAUCUUCCAUUUUAUGUCUACUCAUUCAACAAUGCAAUAUGUUCAGAAAUCACCUAAUACAUAGGAAUUCUGGCACAAAAACACACAAUCACACACACAAUCACACACACACAAUCACACAAACACACAAAUGAACUUCACCAAAAAUGUUUGCUGUAGGAUGUUGUAUCCUGUUUUAGAAGAAUGCGUUUCAAAAGUGAAUCCAAACAGAAAAAUACAAUAUUGGAAUCAGUAGGCAACUUAAUGACAUUACAUUUUAGCAGUACAUUUGCCUGCCAUAUCCGAAUACUAAAUGGGUAGCAACCAUCUGGGAGCUACCAGGUGCUGAAUUUAAGACAUUAUCUUCAUCAUACAUUAUCAUUAUACCAAAUCAAUGGUACUGGUUCAUAUCUGAACAGCGUUAUCCCACAGUGAAAUCUUACAUUUCAAAGCCUGUGCUACUUUUGUACCGUUCAAUACGUGGUAACGGGAGGACGAUGGGGUGAUUCGCUAGUACUGGUAUUCUAUCUGGGGAAGAAACAAUAUGACACUCCUAGGAAGGGAAGCAACGACAAACUUGGCUGCCUUAUUUCCAAAGUCCAAGACCUUACGCCAUCUUUACAGACUGACUGUGGAUAAUAGUAUAGUAGUACAUGGAAUCUGCACAUUCUAGAAGCGAUUCUAGAACCAAACAGAUUCUGGAUCUAGAACCAUCCAGAGCUUCACCAUUCACCAUCAAGGCAGCUGUAUAAACUCUGAUAAUGUUUUCAAUACUAUUUCUUAUGGUUCUUUUUUUAUUUGCAGUGUCACUUAAUGCAUCCAUGCUGUAUAAAAUAAACCACACUGUGUGUGCCCUUACUUAGUAUCAGUUGUAGAUGGAGAAAAAUGUCAAGACAGGCGGACACACGUUUCAGUGGCCAGAGUGUCACUCACAGGCUUGAAAAAUAUUUAUGUGUCCCAAAUAGCACCUUAUUCCCUAGUUAGUGUACUACUUUUCAUCAGGGCCCUGGUCAAAAGUAGUGCACUAUACAGUGAAUAGGGUGCCAUCUGGGACUCACCCUAUAUAAAGGAUAUGGAGAUGGCUAAAUGUGUCAUUGAAGGCAACAGAGGCUGCAAAGAUAUUUGCAUAGAUUUGGUUUGUGGAGUUUGAUGAUGUCAACUUAAGAUCUAGAUACAAACGAAUCGUGAAUCGUCUUUCAGAAAGCCCAGCCUUAUUUCCAUACCAAAGAACGGCAGUAAUUUUACGUUAGAAGUGAUAAUAUCGUAAGAGGUUGCUAUACGUGGGAUUUAUAAUCAUCCAUGCACUCCUAGAGACCAUGUUAUCAGUGAAGAGAAACACAUAUAACUUGGUGCGCAUCCCCAAAAUGGUACUCUACGUAGCACACUGAUUUUGACCAGGACACAUAGGACCCUGGUCAAAAGUAGUGCACUAUAUAGAGAAUAUGGUGCCGUUUUGGAACGCGCCGUAUAACUGUAAGGAGUUUUGUUGCGUUUUGGGGGGAGAAACAAAAAGAUGAGAAGCUUUGAAAAUCUGUGUACAGCAUGUCGAUGUCUGGUGGAGGAGGUCCUUGUUGUUGCCUAGGCAACACUGGGCCAGACAGCGGCAUGUAGAUGUCUGGUGGAGGAGGUCCUUGUUGUUGCCUAGGCAACACUGGGCCAGACAGCAGCAUGUAGAUGUCUGGUGGAGGAGGUCCUUGUUGUUGCCUAGGCAACACUGGGCCAGACAGCAGCAUGUCGAUGUCUGGUGGAGGAGGUCCUUGUUGUUGCCUAGGCAACACUGGGCCAGACAGCAGCAUGUAGAUGUCUGGUGGAGGAGGUCCUUGUUGUUGCCUAGGCAACACUGGGCCAGACAGCAGCAUGUAGAUGUCUGGUGGAGGAGGUCCUUGUUGUUGCCUAGGCAACACUGGGCCAGACAGCAGCAUGUAGAUGUCUGGUGGAGGAGGUCCUUGUUGUUGCCUAGGCAACACUGGGCCAGACAGCAGCAUGUAUAUGUCUGGUGGAGGAGGUCCUUGUUGUUGCCUAGGCAACACUGGGCCAGACAGCGGCAUGUAGAUGUCUGGUGGAGGAGGUCCUUGUUGUUGCCUAGGCAACACUGGGCCAGACAGCGGCAUGUAGAUGUCUGGUGGAGGAGGUCCUUGUUGUUGCCUAGGCAACACUGGGCCAGACAGCGGCAUGUAGAUGUCUGGUGGAGGAGGUCCUUGUUGUUGCCUAGGCAACACUGGGCCAGACAGCAGCAUGUAGAUGUCUGGUGGAGGAGGUCCUUGUUGUUGCCUAGGCAACACUGGGCCAGACAGCAGCAUGUAGAUGUCUGGUGGAGGAGGUCCUUGUUGUUGCCUAGGCAACACUGGGCCAGACAGCAGCAUGUAGAUGUCUGGUGGAGGAGGUCCUUGUUGUUGCCUAGGCAACACUGGGCCAGACAGCAUGUUGUUGGAUCCAUCACUGCUAGCCAGCCAGCUAUGUGAUAAUACUAGGAUGCUUGCUUGAAUUUUGGCAAUUGUUAUUGUUGUAAAAGUCAUAGUCAAAUUAAAGCUCUGUUCAUUUGUAAAUAGGAUAGAUAUGUAGAAUUGUAAUGUAUCAAGAAGACUGCUAUAUUAUGGCCAUAAUUCUAGCUAAGUAAGUCUAUGUGCCAUUAAAGAAUGGAAAAAAAAAAGCUAAACAAAAUGUAUAAUAGUCAAGAUAAUAGAGACUGUGUGUUGUGUGUUGCAUUUCUGGCUCCUCGAUGUAUUUGUAAAAGUAAUGCUGUCCGUUUGGUCUCUGGUUUGCUGAUGUAUUUGACUUUCCUUUCAAAGAUAAUUAUAAUAAUAAUAGGGCUCUGAUGUGUGCUUUGAGCGAGAACAAUAGCAUGGUUUAUUGAUAAGAAAAUAGAAAAAAAGAGUUGUGAUAUGAUAUAUUAGCUGGUUGCAUACCUUUCUGUGUGACAUCAUCGAUUCUAUAGACAUUGUGCUCAGAACCUUUCAGCAGACAGACACUGGAAAGACAUGUCAAAGGAGGUUCAUGUUUUCAACCAACAAACUUUGGAGGUUCACUUUUAUUGCACUAAAUUUCUAUGAUAUGAAACAUGGCUUUGUCACAAACCUUAUAAUGGACAAAUGUAACGAUGGAAUGAUGAAUGAAGGGCCAAAAAAAUAUCUAAGAAAGAAAGGAAAAAAGAAAAGAAUUCUCAUGUAGAAAAUGACUACUAUAAUUGUCAUGUAGCAAAAAAAACUGUGCAUUAAUAAUAAUAAUAAUAAUAAUAAUCUCAGUGAGAUUGACUCAUUCUCAUACACGAGAAUAUAAUCUAAGCUUUGAGGAAAAAUUACAUGUUUAAAAUGAUGAAAAACCUUUUGAAAACCUACAUGUUUCAUUAUGUUGAUAAAUGAUUGUAUUACGUAGGCGUGCAUGUGUUCAUGAUUUCUAUUGUACUACUUUGUAUUCUUAUGUGCCUCCCAAAUGGCACCCUAAUCCCUAUAUAGGGCACUACUUUUGACCUGGUCAGAACUGUAGUAGUGCACUAUAUAAGAAUAGGGUGCCAUUUGGGAUGCACACUUAUUAAGGUAACAACUGUCUGCUAUGGUAAGGGAGGGUGCUGUUUAACCGACUGGCAGUGCUACUGUAGUUACUUAAUUACAGUGAGUUGGGUGGAUUCUGUGUACCUGACUGGCAGUGCUACUGUAGUUACUUAAUUACAGUGAGUUGGGUGGAUUCUGUGUACCCGACUGGCAGUGCUACUGUAGUUACUUAAUUACAGUGAGUUGGGUGGGUUCUGUGUACCUGACUGGCAGUGCUACUGUAGUUACUUAAUUACAGUGAGUUGGGUGGAUUCUGUGUACCCGACUGGCAGUGCUACUGUAGUUACUUAAUUACAGUGAGUUGGGUGGGUUCUGUGUACCUGACUGGCAGUGCUACUGUAGUUACUUAAUUACAGUGAGUUGGGUGGGUUCUGUGUACCUGACUGGCAGUGCUACUGUAGUUACUUAAUUACAGUAAGUUACAUUAUUUUACAUUGUGGGCUGUUUACUUAAUAUAAAUUAAUAUUGUUCUGUAUGUAUGGAGCUAUGUUUCGUUAAUGAUUGACUUAUGUUUUUAUUUUUUACAUACUUUUUUAAAUUUAGCAUUUGUAAAGAAAUAUGUUGUUUAAAAAAUCUAGAUUUUUGGCAUUCUACUAUAUGGCACUGAUAUUUGAAUUCAAUCUUUAAAUGAAGGAAAAUGAACCUCCAUCUUAAGAUGUACAGGAGUUCCAACUGUAGAAUUAGAAUGAAUUCUAAUGAUUCUAUGGUUCCAUCUGCAGUGACUCUGUACGUUGUGAGUUCUGACUGACACUGAGCCAGUACCAACUCAGUUCAUCUAUCCUAUCCAUUUCUACCAGUAGAAGAAUCUCCCUCCCUCUGUUGUUGUCUGGUGUACUGUGUCAUAUGUACAGUAGCUUGUUGAUAUGGCAAAACAAAGCAUUCAUGUUUCUUUUUUUUCAAUGGAAAGUACUCACUGGUGAGAUUUUUAAAGUGGUUUUAAAAGCCAAUAAACUUUAUAAAGAAUCUUG